AAUAUGAAUCGUGUAAUUGUGUUUAUUGAUUGUUUGCUACGAUGUUCUAUUGUUAUAGUAAUCUGCCCAUCUUGUUCAUAUAUGAAUCCUGUUUUUAUUUAUACAGUAAUGAGUUAUUGGAUUUUGAUUUUCCCGCGAAAGUUUGGAUUUUUUAAAAGUUGAAUAAAAUAUUUGCUAUAAUGUAUGCCCAUUUUUUUCUUUUUAUUUGCUAUUGUGUAAUUGUGUUUGCAUUUGAUUAUCAUCAUUUAUCUGAACUUUGUUGUGAUUGGAAUUUUUUUCUUUUUAUUUUAUACGGUCUGAUGCCACGUCGUAAAUAGCAUACAAUGCGAUGAUUAUAGAUGCUAUGUUUACUUUUUUGAAUUGAGUUUUUUUGUUAUGAAAUUAACUACUCAUGUCACUCUAAAUUUUGACCUUCUGUGUAGUAGCAGGAUGGCUCGAAAGAAAUCGCAAGUGCACGCAACGGACAAUUCUGAAUGCGAGGAAGAAAGAGGUCGUACUGUGCUCAGAAUGGUUGGGAGAACUAUUCAGGUUGGCACAAAAAUCCCUUUACAGUGGCAUACAACUCGGAGAAUCCCUAUCGGUGUUCAUAGAGGUCAUUUUUCCACCUACAUUGGUGUAGUUGUCCGUGAAAAAGUAAGCAUCACCUACAGAAAGUGGUCAGACCUGCCAAAAGCACUUCUUGAUGAUUUGUAUGAAAAUAUUUCGAGGGGGUUUCAUAUCCUUGAGGAUCGCAAAGGUUGGAUUAUGAAACAAGCUUGCGUUCGAUGGAGAGCUUUCAAGACUAGAUUAAGGCUCAAGUGUUUGUACCUGAAAGAUGGAACAAUCAAUGAUUCUCCACCAUUGAAAUAUCCUUUCAUAUCUAAAGAUGAUUGGGAAAAAUUCAUUCAGGCUUGUAAUUCUAGGGACUUCAAGAAAUUGAGUGAAAGAAAUCGUGAAAGUUCGAAGAAGAGGACCUCAAAAUAUCGAGGUGGGAGACUUUGCUAUCAAUAUUUUGAAGAAACAAUUGUAAGUAUAUGCUAAACAUUUUAUAACUACUAUGUGGUAUUAGUGGUGUUCUUAUUACUGUAACCUUCUGUUUUUUACUUCAAAUAAACUUAAUACU